AUGUCUUGGAGUUGUGGAAUUUUGACUAGAUGGUCACUGAUUGCUGGUAGAAUUCCGGGGAGGACGGCAAAUGAUGUGAAGAACUACUGGUACACCCACCUCCAGAAUAAGCCUGUGGAUUGCGAAGAAGUUGCAAUUACCAAAGCCAUAAAAUCUCGACCUCGGAGAUUUUUGAGACAGUACUCUCGCUCAGAUGAAAUUAUGUGGUGGGAUAACAUGGUUGUUGACAUGGAAUUAAUUGAGUCCAUGGGUGGCUCAGAUGAGGAGCUCAUUACAAGCCUUUGGCCUGAUGAAGUAGCUGCUGGAGUCAAUAUUGCAAGUGGACAUGAGUAA